GGCAUGUAUCAUCCGUCCGCCAUUAUGUCAGAAUGACACACAGUUAUAUAUACGAUCAAUAAUUUUACGAAUCAUUUCUCUAUUUUGUAAUUAAGAUACAGGUCACAGAUUUGAAAACAAAUAUGUUUUGUAGUGUAAGAAAUCUACUGUUGACAAUCUGAUCGUGGUCCUGAUUAAUGAAAUGAACAUAUCGAGCGCCCAGGUAAUGUGAUAAAUUGGUAGAAUGAUGUAAAGUAACCAAUGGUUGAUUUCUCGCUGGAAAAUAAUCACUUUAUACUUAAUGGAUGAGAAAGUGUGUGCCGAGUUUCGCGAUGAAAUGGUUAAAUCCCAUAAUACACUGCGAAAUCACCAUGGAAGUAAACAACUAAGAAUAUCUGAGGACCUAAACAGAGAUACUCAGAUGUGGGCAAAUAUCAUCGCAGACAAAGGAUAUGUUCAGUUCAGUGAAUUUCCAGGUAGAGGUGAAAAUGUAAUAUUUGUGGAAACGAAUGGACAAAGGCCGAGUGGAGAUACCGUCACAGAAUUAUGGUAUAAGGAAAUUGAAAACUACGAUCACCUACAUCCUAAAUGGAAUAAAGAUUCCAUGAACUUUACACAGAUGAUAUGGAAAUCUUCUAACGAGCUAGGCAUCGGUAUCUCUAAAGUUAAAGGACAAAACAAAUACGUUAUUGUUGCUCAUUACAAGCCUUCAGGUAAUAUCAAUACUCCAGGAGAGUUCCGAAAGAAUGUAUUACCGCCAAAUUCUUAAAGCAAUACCAUUGAAAAGUCGAACGAAAUCAAAGGUAACCAAUGCAAUGUAGAAAAAAUUGAAAGGACUUCACAGAAGGUGAUUUAGAAGUGCACAUGCAAUUAUUGCAAUAUAAAGGCAGAGUUGACUAAGCAAGAAAAUAUCGCCAUCAUACGUAGGUUUUGUGAAAAUGCUUCCAUGCAUAGGAUAUGUAAUUAACGAGUGUAUUGUUUUUUAAUUGUUGUUCAUUGCAUUGUAUAUUUGAACAAAUAUGUAAUAUAAAUAAAUAUAGAAGCCAUUUA